UGCUGCUCUUUGACCGGGUUGCUGAUUGACCAAACAAGCUCAAUACUUAGACAACCACAAGGGUUUCCGUCAACUAGGCAAGACGGGAAGAGUAGCGCGCAGAGGAACAUAUAGAUACAUACACACCUGAGACAAAGAACGGCAGAAGAUGGAGGCAGUGAGGAGAUGGAGGACAGACUGGAGGUAUCCCACUACUUUGCUGUGCAUUUACGGAUUCUUCAGCACAGUUAAACCCCUGGAGCCUUUCCUUAUCCUAUAUUUGACAGGACCAGACAAGAAUCUGACAACAGAACAGGUAAACAAUCAAAUUUUCCCGGUGUGGACGUACUCGUACCUAUCUGUGCUGGUGCCGGUGUUCCUGCUGACUGACUGGCUGCGUUACAAGCCUGUGGUGGUGUUCCAGUGCGUCACCCUCUUCAUCACCACAGCGAUGCUACUCUGGCUGAAAAGUGUACCAGCCAUGCAGGCCAUGCAGUUCUUCUACGGGGUGGUGACAGCCAGCGAGGUGGCCUACUUCUCUUACAUCUACAGUGUUGUGGAUCUGAAGAGGUAUCGGAAGGCCACCUCUUACAGCCGCAGUGUCCAGCUCCUGGGGUACACAGUGGGCUCUGUGCUGGGCCAGCUGCUCAUCAGCUUCGAACUCAUGUCAUUUAACAACAUCUUGAUGCUUACUCUGGUCCUCACUGCCGUCGCUCUUCUCGUGUCCUGCUUCCUGCCAAUGCCACAGCAGAGCAUGUUCUUUCACCGCAGACGUACUGGACAGAAAAUAGCAACGGGGGGAACAAAGAGGCACGUGUAUGGGACUGGGGAUGCAACAGAACACACAAGCAGAGCAAAAGCAUCACUGGAAAACAUGAGAGAUGAGAAGGUGGAGAAAGAGGAAACAGAGGAUGAAGCAACACCAGGACCGGAUGAGAAAGGGCCCAAGGCUGAGGACCUUGAGGAGUCAGUUGGCGCAGAGAGCUGCAGCCAAGUCCUCCUCCAGCUGUGGAGGGACUUCCUCCAGUGCUAUUCCUCCAGACAGCUCCUCUACUGGUCAGUGUGGUGGGCAAUGGCCACCUGCGGCUAUAACCAGACUGUCAACUACGUUCAGGUGCUGUGGGAGCAUGUGCAGCCUUCUCAGAACUUCAGCAUCUACAAUGGAGGCGUGGAGGCAGUGUCCAACCUGUUGGGUGCAGCAACAGCGUACGGUAUAGGCUUCACUGAGGUGAGAUGGGACCAGUGGGGAGAGCUGGCCCUGGGUGGUUUCUCUGGACUUGGGGCAGCAGCACUCUUCCUCAUGACCUUCACCGGCAACAUCUGGGUCUGCUACAGUGGUUAUGUCAUUUUCAAGUGCCUGUACAUGCUGCUGAUAACAAUAGCCAUGUACCAGAUUGCGGCUGACCUGUCAAUGGAAAGAUAUGCCCUGGUCUUCGGCGCAAACAACUUUGGAGCCUUGGCUCUACAGACGAUCAUCACUUCUGUUGUGGUCGACAGUGGCGGACUGGGCCUCGGCAUCAUUCCUCAGUUCACCAUAUACGCCAGCUACUUCUCACUCAUAGCGGUUGUUUUUUCACUUCGGGGACUGUUUACCAUUUGGAGAAUGCAGAGAAGCAACAAGUCCCACGAGUCCGCCCCUCCGGUCAAACAAGAACCUCCAGACUCUGAGGAACACAGAUUCUAAAUACGACUACCAGCUGAGAUAAUCACUUGUGCUUUUGGUCUCCACUGUGUCAGUGAACACACUUCGAUAUAAAAGCACAAAAGCUUCAAAUUACUGACUGCAACACCACGAAUAUAAAUCUUUUUUUCUUUAAUAUAUACAAAACAAAUAUACAAGAUUUUCCAUACAUCAAUA